AUGGCUUCUACUACCUCUUCAUGCCUCGUGCUUCUUAUUCCUCUCCUCGUGAGCCUUCACAUUGUGGCAUGUGCCGCUGGAAAUUUAAACCAAGACUUUCAGAUUACAUGGGGAGAUGGUCGUGCAAAAAUACUUAACAACGGAAAUCUUCUCACUCUCUCACUUGAUAAGGCCUCUGGCUCUGGCUUUCAGUCCAAGAAUGAAUACUUAUUUGGCAAAAUUGAUACGCAGCUCAAGCUUGUUCCUGGAAACUCUGCUGGCACCGUCACUGCCUAUUAUCUCUCCUCAAAGGGAUCAACAUGGGAUGAGAUCGACUUUGAAUUCUUGGGGAAUCUAAGUGGUGACCCUUAUAUUCUACACACCAAUGUGUUCAGCCAAGGCAAGGGCAACAGGGAGCAGCAAUUCUAUCUCUGGUUUGACCCAACUGCAGAUUUCCACACAUACUCAAUUCUUUGGAAUCCCCAACGCAUUGUUUUUUCAGUGGAUGGCACCCCCAUCAGGGAGUUCAAGAAUUUGGAAUCAAUUGGAGUUCCUUUUCCAAAGAACCAAGCCAUGAGGAUAUACUCAAGCCUUUGGAACGCUGAUGAUUGGGCCACAAGGGGUGGACUCGUUAAGACUGAUUGGUCCAAAGCACCUUUCACCGCUUCAUAUAGGAAUUUCAAUGCAAAUGCUUGUGUAUGGAACGGUGGAAAAUCCUCAUGCAAAUCAAAUUCAGCUUCCUCUGCAUGGCUAUCACAAGAGUUGGAUUCAACGGGUCAACAGAGGCUGAAGUGGGUGCAGAAGAACUACAUGAUUUACAAUUACUGCUCAGACAGGAAGAGGUUUCCCCAAGGCCUCCCACUUGAAUGCAACCACUAG